CACCCUAGCACUGAAGAGGUGCUUUUCAUGCUCCUUGCAAGAACUUGACAUCCCGUUUGUAGAGGGAUAUUCUUAAUUCAUUAUCGUUAGCAUGAAGCAGAUUAUUGAGCGUACGACUGACCACCAGGAUGGCACGCAUGUUGCCGUCCUCUCAACUGAUAAGCCUGUGUCUCCUACGCUAGGUAUCGCCCUCAGCUCAGAUGAGAGGGAGCCCGUUCACCCCCAGCUUCUAUGGGGUAAGGUGAGAGAACACAUCCGCGAUGGCGCUUCCGAGUUCUUCGGCACAAUGAUAUUAGUUCUCUUUGGAGACGGCGUUGUCGCACAGGUUACCCUGAGCCACGGCGAGAAAGGCGACUACCAGUCCAUCUCAUGGGGCUGGGGCCUCGGAGUCAUGCUCGGCGUCUAUGCUAGCGGGAUAUCAGGCUCACACAUCAACCCCGCCGUAACCCUCGCCAGCUGCAUCCUGCGCCAAUUCCCCUGGCGCAAGUUCCCCGUCUACCUCGUCGCCCAAGUCCUCGGCGCCAUGUGCGGCGCAGCAAUCGUCUACGGUAACUACAAAUCCGCUAUCGACGUCUACGAAGGCGGUCCAGGCAUCCGAACUGUCCCGGGCUACUCCCCCACCGCAACGGCCGGAAUCUUCUGCACCUACCCAGCCGCCUUCAUGACCCGAACAGGCCAAUUCUUCUCCGAGUUCAUCGCCAGCGCCAUCCUCAUGUUCAUGAUCUUCGCCCUGAAAGAUGACACCAACCUCGGCCCCGGCCCCCUCACACCCCUCGCCCUGUUCUUCGUUGUCUUCGGCAUCGGUGCCUGCUUCGGUUGGGAGACCGGAUACGCCAUAAACCUGGCCCGGGACUUCGGGCCCCGUUUACUAACCUAUAUGCUCGGAUAUGGUCCGCAGGUCUGGGCUGCUGGGAAUUAUUACUUCUGGGUACGUUCUCCUCCCCCUUCGCCCGCCUCGCACAUUACCCUAAAUGAUAAUAAAAUCACUGAGGGUGUACCUUCGGCGGGUGGAUCUACGAUCUAUUCCUCUAUACCGGGGCCGAAACCCCAAUCAAUACACCCUACGUCGGUCUCCGGAGACUCAUCACACCCCUACGUCCAAAGCGCCACAACUCGGGAAGUCAUGUAUGACCGACUGGGGCCCUGAACAACAUAUAAGUAUGAAUCGAAAAAAGCUAUGUAACCGGACUAUGACAGCUUCGACUCUACCGCAGAUAUUGCCCCUAACUAAGUUCCAUCACAAGACGGACUUCUGAUCCUAGAAGUCAGUGCCAGGGUUCUUUACGACUAUCCAUAGCAACUUAUAAUGAAAUCCGUGGUAUUCAUGGCUUGGGGCUGUUUGGGGGUGAUUCAGUCUUCUGUCUUUCUGUGAGGAAACUUAUCGACUAGUGGAUAUCCUUUCCUACCUCAUAUUCUUGUAGUAGUCUGUGCCUGUAACUCGACUACCUGAGUAAGGAAUUAUUUCCUCAAAUGGCAACGGUCUUAUGACCGGCAGACCCUACACUAUGGUUACCACCGUUUCAUUCUUGGCUCUCAAUAUUUACAAGUUAACUUAAGAUCGGGUAGCGUCG